UUGUUACAUCAUAAAUGAAUUAUGCAAAGAAGUGAAAGUGAUUUUGAUGAACGGUCAAAGGGUCACAGUUCAACUCCAAUUUGAACUGAAACCUUGAAACUUUCUCCGAUGGCCGGAAACUGCUUACCGGCGGUGAAGCUCACCGGAAGUGGCCGGCCGGUACUAUUACCGAACGAGAUCGAGUGCUUCUUCCUCUCCGGCGUCGACCUUCUCUGCGAAGACGAACCCAACUCCUGGUUCCCUCACCUCAAAUCCGGCCUCCUCAUCCUCACCACCCACCGCCUCCUCUGGCUCCCCGAACCCGCCGACGGCGGCACUUCCUCCGCUGUCCACCUCGCCGCGAUCUCCCACAUCUUCCCUCACAAGAAGUCCCUCAAGUCCGUCUUCGCCUCGCCUAGGGUCCGUUUCCAGGUUUCGCCGUCGCCGGAGGGCGGAGUUGCUGCAUCGGGGUCGAGGUCUGUGGUGGCCACUAUUGUGGUGAGGGGGAAGGGGGAAUUCGACGCGUUUGUGGCUAAGUUUUGGGAGAAUUGGCGCGCCAGGGCGUGGGAGGAGGCGGAGAGUGGUCAGAGUUCGGGGGCGAAUGUGGCGGCGACGGCGGCAACGUCAUCGUCGUCGGGUGGGAUUUAUGGGAGGGACGGGACGGUGAGGAUGGUGGGAGUGUCGGGGAUAUUGAGGAAGGAGCAGGAAAUGUGGGAGAGUACUGAUAAGAGCUUGCAGGAUGCUUUUCAGGAUUUGAAUGCUCUCAUGAGCAAGGCUAAAGAAAUGGUGAUGCUAGCAGAGAAAAUGAGGCAAAAACUUUUGUCUGGCUCAAAUUCUCAAACCAAUGCAACUAAUGAGGAGGAGAUGGGUACAAAGGAAGAGAUGCAAGAUUGGUUAUUGAGCGUUGGUAUAAUAUCCCCUGUUACCAAAGAGUCUGCGGGUGCUAUGUAUCAUCAGCAGUUAUCUCGUCAGUUGGCAGAUUUUGUUAAAGUUCCACUUGAGAGAGCUGGAGGAAUUAUCAAUCUUAUUGAUAUUUAUUGUCUCUUCAAUCGUGCUCGUGGCACAGAAUUGAUCUCACCUGAUGAUUUGUUGCAAGCAUGCUCUUUGUGGGAAAAGUUUGAUGUCCCAGUCGUUCUACGGAAGUUUGAUAGAGGAGUCAUGGUAAUACAGACUAAGUCCCACAGUGAUGAGGAGGUUUUCGCUAAAAUCAAGGUGCUUGUUAUGAAGCCUGAUGCUCUCCGAGCUGGAAUAAGUGCUAGUGACGCUGCAAUGACACUGGCAGUUGCCCCAGCAAUGGCAAAGGAACAUCUCUUGUCUGCUGAGAGCAAGGGUAUACUGUGCAGAGAUAUAAGCCCUGAUGGAUUUCGCUUUUAUAUUAAUUUGUUCCCUGAAAUCGAUCGAGAUGAUAUGCAUGUAGUGAAAGAUCAAGGGAUUUAUGCCUCCUGGGUAAGUGCAAACCAUGCUCAUGGUUAGAGUUGCAAGCUUGUGCAAUUCAAUACAGGGUAUUGACAAAUUUUGAGUGUUAAUAACUGGCCUGGCUUGAGCUAGUUCAUGUGCCUGUUAGUCUGUUGCCCCUUUUAAUAAUUGUAUAUAAGGGAGGGGCAUAUUUGUUGAGUAUAAGAUAGGAGGAGUUAAUUUUGAUCAUAUAACCUUCCAUGGAUAGUCAAGUUGAUUUUUAUUUGAUCAAAUUUGCCAGAUUUUGAUUGUUAAGAACUGGCCCCUCUUGAGCUAGUUCACGUCUGUUUUGCUCCUUCUAAUCAUUAUAUACAAGGGGCAUAUUUGUUUUGAUCAUUUAUUUAUGUUUUAUAGUUAAGGUCAAUUCCUCUCAUGAAAA